AUGAGUAAAUGUACUUUGUCUUGUAGCAUGGCAGAUGAAAAGGAUUCAUCACAUCAGUUCGAUGACAUCAUCAAGACGGUGUGCGAAUUUGGAAGAUGGCAAAAAUUUAUCUAUUUCACAACCUGCGCCCUUGUUAUUGUGCCCAGUGGCAUUCAUAUAGCUGGAAUGUACUUCAUAACUGGUACACCUAAAUUCCAUUGUGUCACCCCAAAUACCACGUGUCUUGAGAAUAAGUGCUGUGACAACUGUACAGAGUAUGCGUUUGAUGGACCAUUCAUCAGCACAGCAACCGAGGUACGUAUACAUAUACAUGUGGUUGCAUUAACCUUUUGACCAGAGUGAAAAUUCACAAAAUUUUUGCAAUUGCGAAUUUGUGAAAGCCUUAGAGAUACACCCUACUCAAUAAAUUUUGGUUUAUUUGAAUAGUAACACACUAAGAUUUUGUCGAUUGACGUCAGAGCGAAUGUAACCAUAAUGAAUUCAUCCCACAAUAACUCAUUCUAGAGCAACUUUCUCCCUAGGCAGAGAUUGUUUACACGAUAACCAGCUACCUCCAAUGGAAACAAUUACAUUACUAACAAAGACAUUUAAAAGACUACAUAGCGUCUGUAGUCGAGUUAGCGAGAGUUCGAGUUAUCGAUGCGAGUGAGAUUACCUUGGAGUGAGCGAGAGGCAAAAUCGCGAGGUAGAAGACUGUGAUUUCUCGCGCGUUUUCCUCCUUCGCUCGUAAUUGAAUGCUCGCUAGCGCCACCAUCCUGAGGGACGGCAGGCCAAAUAGAUGCACAACCCCAACCCCCUUGCGCGACCUCAAAAUGGGCAAGUGGAUAGUACGCAUGGGUUGAGCUUGGAAUGGAAGGCAACAACAGUUAAUGAGACACGUCUUCAACAUAGAUUCGUCUAAACAGUUUAAAAAGAUUACCUUAUUAUAGGAAAUGAACAGUGCACUCUAUUGACUCGAUUUUGAAAAAAUCGCGUUAAUUUAAUUCAUCUUAAUUUACGUCAUGUUAAUUUAAUCACACUAUUUUACUUCACUGUUGUUUUACAGCACCUUUAUUUCAAUAACAGAACCUCGUCUGCUCAUAGUUCUUCUAUCAACGCCUCGGAGUCACUGUCUGACAUUUCUUCUUUAAGAAUUCAGUUAAAAAUGUCUUUCGACUGGUCUUCGUAUUGAUCUGUUUCCCAGAGAGAAUAGCUAACUUCUUCAAUCUUUCUUCUUACGGAGUAAUAACAUGAUAACAAUGAGAUAACAAUGACUGGAAAUGCUGCUGUUUUUUUCUUUAGAUAUGUGUUGAGAAGUUUGUAUUGCAGCAAAUUCGCGUAAAAUAAAGUUAGGCGCACAUUGUUGUCGAAAAUCUCGCGUAAAUUUGAUGUAUGUAAACCUAACUUUUGGACAAUUCGCGUUAAUUUUGUGUUAAGUAAAUUUUCUUCGUGCUGCCAACGUGCAUCGUUUAUUUCCUAUAAUAAGGUAAUUCCCUUGCAACUUGAUUUCGUUUUGCAGUGGAAUCUGAUUUGUGACAGAGCUCAUGUGGGUGCAAAUGUGCAAGCUGGUUAUGCUGCUGGAAUGUUGGUUGGCUCAUUCGUUUUUGGAGCCAUAUCGGAUGUCUUUGGACGACGAUUUUGUAUGCUUCUGUGCUCCGUGCUUGCGGUACGUACGAUACUCAAAGACAACACCCAAGACUGCGAACAGUCUCUCUUUUUCUUCAGAUUUAUUGAGGGGAGUGCAUGCGCGCGCGGGCGUCGAGCAACUGCUAGAAAUGAGGACGGGGCAUUUCCCGCCUCGUGCCCUCUGUCACGCGCGUGGACAUGAUCGUCUCUCUUGCGUUUCGCUCGACGGACUAAGAAAUAAGAGAGACUGUUCGUAGUCUACAAAAUCCUGUCAAAUACCUAUUUUUAAUACCUAUCGUUAAGAGGCUUAUGUUCAAAAGGGGGUGAAUUACGAAGGGGGCAGUAUCAUACGAAGGAAAUUCCUUUAAAAAUCGUUUGGGCUUUUAAUCGGAGGGAAACUUGUGUCAGACGGGACGUCCUGGCCCCAAGCGUUCAAAAGGUGGAUAAUGCUAUCCACUGGAUAGCGCAAUUGGUUUCCUUAACACUUAGCUGCUGGAUAGUGAUUUAUCCGGUGGAUAGCGCCUGAUCAAACAUUUGAACAACCCGGGCCUGGAAUAGAGGUGUCUUAAAGGAGAAGGUUCACCUUGGUUAAUAAAAUGCAAUGGUUAUUUAUGAAGCCCGAUAGAUUUCUUCGCUAUAUGUUUUUAUUUGCUCUUUUGCACAACAUUGAAUAACACUCCUAUAAUUUUAAACUAACUCAUCAAUAGAAACGUAACAUUUAUUUUAUUCAGUCACUAUCUGUUCCCCAAAACAAAAGAUUGUGCCCUGUCCCACGGUAAACUAAAGGACCAUUGUUCACAUCGUAGAUUUUUUUUGUGGCUUUUAUAAGCUGUGUUUUCUACUAACUUCGGUUUCACUGUUAACCCUAAUCUUAUUUGGAUCGCACGUCGGAAAUCUGAACUCGAGACUGCGUGACCGAAGAGAGCGCGAGGGGUGAUGGGAAGGAGGACGAUGAAAAGGAGUCUCCCCUCUUUCCUUCUUCCCAUCACCCCUAGCACUCCCCUUGACCGCGCAUCUUCCGUUAAUAGUGAACUCUCGCAACAGUACGGGAGAAGACGGAAAACCUUGUUUGACAAGCGUGGCCAUAAUUUUGUUUGAGAAAGCGUUCCGCCAAAUUUCACCCUCGUUUUAACAGAAUUUUUAGUAAAAGACCAGAAAACAUAAAUGUAAGCGAAGAUCACGACAAAACACGCAAGUAAUUGCCCUGUCACGUUUGUCGCACACAAGUGAAGUGCCAUUGUCUUCUUUAUGCCAUGCUGUUGCGUAAACUCACUAAUAAUAACAGAAGUUUCACUGUACACCAUUUUUAUUAGACACUGUUCAGCCUGGGGGCGAGUUUGGUGGACUGCCUGUCAUUCUUCACCUUCCUCCGUUUUGGAACGUCAGCCUCCAUCACGGGCUUCUUUGUGUGUCAUUACGUGUACAUCCUGGAACUUGUAGGUCCCAGUUAUCGCACUAUGGGCGCGAAAGUGAUGGACUUCUAUUGGGUGACUGGUGCCUCUAUCAUGGCGCUCCUGGCUUACCUCAUCCGGGAUUGGCGAACUUUGCUUCUCGUGGCAAGCUUUCCGCCAGCUCUCUUUCUUCUGUUGUGGAUGUAUGUUAAGCAGUUUUGUCAUUUUGUCACACUUUACGCAACGCACUCUGAAAAAGAGCACCGUGAAAAAAAUUUGAUGUUGACAGGCGACUCUUUCUUAACGGACACCACUAUAAGACGGACAUCUCGGUAAAACGGACACCUAAAGUUGGUCCCUCCCUUUCUUUACAGUCAACUCUCUCCAAGACAGACACCUUUGGGACCGGUACUAAGUGUUAGUCUAAGAGGGCCGUCCGUCUUAUAGAGAGUUAAACAAGGAAGCAAAGAAAGGCAGGGACCAACUCUAGGUGUCCGUUUUACCGGUCUUUAUAGAGGUGUUCGUUAAACUGUAAUCGCAUAUUUAACUCUCUAUAAGACGGACAUCUCUCUUAGACGGACUCUUUGUGCCAGUCAUAAAAGUGCCCGUCUUGGAGAGAGUUGACUGUAUUAUAGCCUAUUUAAUGUCGAUAAUUUAAGAUGUAUGAAUAGUAAUGCCUAAUUCGGGUUGUGUAGAGUUCUAUGUCUUCUUGAGCAUGAGCCGAUAUGCACUCAUUUUAAGCUAAUUUUUCUCUUCCACAGGGUGCUACCAGAAUCGGCAAGGUGGCUUCUCGUUAGGGGAGAAGUGGAAAAGGCGCAUGACGUCCUGAAGACGUACGCUGACAAGAGUGGAGUGACAGUGGACUCAGAUUCUUUAAGAGGUUCACUGACGAAAUGUUACCAAGGAGAAGCAGAAGUAGAAACACACAAGAUCCGUCACACGCCGCUUGACCUACUGAGAACACCGCGUAUGCGCAAGCGAACCCUUGUUCUUUGGUUUAAUUGGUAAGAUAACUAAGCUCUUUUGUGUCACUGACGGUGUUACCGCGAAAACCUCGUUAUCCAGGCUGCACAAUGUAUCCUGGGAGAUUCAUGCAAAGGUCUCGUGGUUUUCUGCGCCAUUGCGAGACAAGUUGCAACAAACUGGGUGCAUUGCCUGACUAAAAUAAAAUGGCCACGUGUAGUAAUUGCUGCAAGCUGGUGUUUAUUCUAACUUUACGCUUUUAGCACGAAGAAGUUUGUAAGAUAUGCUUUUUUUAGGGGGCAAUUCUUUUGUGCAACUGGUGUUGUAUUAGAAUUGAGGAACACUCCCUGACAGUUUUACCUGCAUGUAGUGUAAAAGUGAGGUUGAAUUAUAUUGUCGCUUAGUUCUUACCAAUAAUUUCUCCAAUUUGUCAUUCCUCGAGCCCAGUUUGCUUCGGGUAAUAACACGCUUUCCUCUGACUGUAUGUGUAUACAUUUUAUGCUCCUAUUUCAUGUGUAUUCUGUCUUUUAAUGCUUCCAUUUUACCUGCAUUCUGUCUUUUCUUGAAUUUUGGGUAAACAAACAUCUAUUACUCUCUCUCACCUCCCCGCAGCGAUGGCCCGUGCCUCCAUUAUUGGAGCUCCCAGAGCCCCCUCGUUUCCGUGACUUAACAAUACCUGGGGUGAUGUGCGCGGGGAAUUGGCAAGAAUUUUGCGUUUUUAAUUAUUUUUCUUUCUUUCUUUCCUCAGGGUGGUAGUGAGCUUGGUGUACUUUGGUUUUCUGUUGUACAUCUCUAAUCUAGCUGGAAGCCCGUACCUGAACCUCUUUCUGAUGUACCUUACAGACAUACCUGUCCAAGUCUUCCUUUCGUGGUUUCUUAUGAAAAAGUACGUAUUUUCUUCCGUAACGCUUCAGAGCUCUAAAAAAUAUUGUGCCCUUAAUUUUUGGCCGUGACAAAUAGAUUCAACACAUUUAAUCUCACGUAGAGUACUGAAUUUAUUGAAGGGCCCACCCUCUUUAUUCCUUCUUUUCGUACAUUUCC